ACUGUCCUCAGUUUUUCUUCAGAUCUUCGACGGAGCCAUGGGACCUUCGCGAUGCCGACGCCAUGGCGUGGCGCUGGUCGUGGCUGUCCAAGUUAUGGCAGGCGCCAGCUGCUUCUUGGGGAAGUCCGCCGUUCCCAGCAGGAGUCUAACCCCCCAGAGACCGAGCCCUCACUUUGCCCCGACGCGAGGUCGCCUUGCUCGCUCGGUCGCAGAGAGAACGGAGGCCAAAGAUCCGACUGCCGCGCUGGCGCUGGUGGGCGCUUUCGUAGGGCCCUUUGUGGAUGCCAUCCACAAUCAAGCUCUUCUCAGCUAUGAUGUGCUGCCGGUGACUUUGAAUUUGGGCCUCGGUUUUGCCAAGACUUCCUUGCUGGUGCCGCCCUUACUGGCACUUGCCUAUGCUCUGCUUGGGUCAUUGCUGCCUCGACUGCUGGAGGCCAUUGGUGGCACUGAAGCUGUUGGGAGGUUGCCAUUGCUGCGGCCGCAGCCAGUGCUGCGAGCAGUUCUGGCGGUGGCGUCCACCUGUUUCAUCAUCAAAAUCAGUGAGCUGUUGGUGACCAGCGAUGGUCCAUCAGCCCUGCUGCUACUGAGCCUGUUGGCCCUUUUCCAAUGGGCAGCUUUGGAUGGCCGAAGGUCGUCGCUGACCUUGGCGUUGCUGGCAGGUCUGCUUGGACCCUUGGCUGAGCUGCCACUGAUUUCACUGGGUGCCUGGCACUACACACAGCCGGACUACUGGCCCUUGACGUGGCUAGGCCUUGGGCCUGGCACCUGGGCAGCGCUGUCCAUGGUCACCGGGCCUUGUUACUUUGCGGUGACCACCGAUGCCAUCGCCCUGGGGCGGCUGUUUGCAGGGAAACUCUGAUCGAACUGGAGAUCCGAGAGAUGCGAGAGAUCCGAGACCGAGUUCACAUCAGAAAACACCAAGGACACCAAGGAUGUUAGGAGUGCCAGGUGGAUCCGAAGUCAUGUCAUUAGCAGAUGCUUUACGAGACAUUCUCUGGACUCUUGGAGACUUGCUCGGUGCCGAAGUGAAGAAGUGGCCAUGAACGACCUACCUUCCCUCAACGAGCGGACGACUUGGCUCC